AUGUCUAGUACAAUAGCAAUCAUCAUAACCCUCUUAGUUAUGGCAAAAUCACGAACAUCUGCAUAUACUGUAUUCUUCUCGACAAUUAAUCAAACUGGAUUUAGUUUUCCCUAUGUCUGUUUAAUUGGGAUAUCACCGACACUUUUUAGUUUUAGUGGGUUUGAUGCAGCCGGACAGCUCUCCGAAGAAACACGCGACGCUUCCAGAAAAGCUCCAUUAGCCAUUAUUGGUACAUGUGCUUGCGCUGCUGUGAUUGGCUUUGCCUAUCUCUUAUCGUUGAUGUUUGCUGCGGGUGAUCCUUUGGAUCUCAUUAAAAAACCAUUAAAUCCUAGUGUCACAGUGCAAAUCUAUCAAAUAAGUACUCCAUCUUCUGUUGCACUGCUAUUCACUAUUUUAUUGAUAAUAUGUUUAUAUUUCGCUGGAGUGUCAGCGACAACUGUUUCAUCACGAAUCGGCUAUGCAAUGGCUCGAGACAAUUUGUUUCCUUAUUCGAAAUACUUAUCUAUAGUUUAUCAACGAACUCACACACCACUACCUUGUGUAUUUUUAGUGUGUGUAAUCAAUAUAUUAUUGUUAUUGUUGCAACUUGUCUCGACGACAGCCUUUGCUGCUAUUAUUUCAAUAUCAAAUAUUGGUUUUCAAUUUUCGUACAUGUUACCAAUUCUAUUUCGUAUAACAUCAUCAAGAAGAACAUUUCCGAAGGGACAUUUCAAUCUGGGCAAAUUCAGUUUUAUCAGUGGAUUAUUGAGUACAAUGUGGUUGUUUGUAACAUGUCUAAUCUUAGCAUUUCCAUAUAAUUAUCCGAUAACGGCUGAAAACUUUAACUGGACUAUUGUAGUGUGCUCAGUAGUAUGUCUAUUGGCUGGCAUUUACUGGAUAUUUGUAGCUGGAAAACAGUUCGCGGGACCGCAUCGAUUGACCUUUGUCGAAACACCACCAUCACCAAAUAUUAUUGCUACCAGAUUUUAA